UAGUCACACACUAGGCAGUAGCACUCUCUGGCAGAAGCUGAUGCAUGGGGCACAGGACUAUGAAGAGCUCCCUUUUAUUUUUGUCAGAGCUGAUCUCCAACGAACCUACUCUAGUUUUAAUUGGUGUAUUCUUCUCCCUCAGCCACCAGAACCACAACCACUACCUGAACCUCAGCAGCCAGAACCCACACUAGAAGCUCCUCUUGAACCUGCACAAGUGCCACAGCAGCAACCACAGCAGCAGCAACAGCAGCAGCAGCCACAGCAGCAACCCCAGCAGGCUGAAGUGAGUGUGGAUGGAAAUCCCCCUGCAUGUUCCAGCGGUGCCCCAGCCAAGUACUUCCCAGCUAAUGUGGAAGAGACAAAUGAAACCACCAUAGAUAAUAAAAUGAAGGCGAAGGUUCAGCGGAGGAGAUUAUCCCCGUCACAUAGAGAGAUGAUUAUCGACCUUGUUUUCAAUGAGAAGAAGACAUCUAGAGAGGUUGCACGUUACAUGGGUCUGCCUCAAUCAACAGUCAUGUCCGUGGUACAAGUAUUCAAGAAAGAGCACCGUAUACACAAAAAGACAGCCACAGGACGCAAACGCCGACUAACAACUGCACAAGAAUUCCAACUCUUCGAGAUGUCACAGGAGAGAGAUAACAUAUCAGUAGAUGAGAUACGUCGUCGCUUUUUGCAACAGUAUCCUGAAUUUGGUCACAUAUCAAAAACUACAAUAUACAGAACAUUGGAAAGAGGAAAGAAAGGAUUAAUAGGGAUGGACCCUCCACCUGAGCGCUACUUAGAGCCAAUAGAGCGUUACUGGCCCAAGAAGAGAGGGAGACCUCGGCCCGUGUUCCAGAAGGCAGGUGCGGGGUCAGAAUCAUCUUCCAUGAAUAAUGUGCUUGAGCCCAGUGUCAGCAUUAUGGAGGAGAGUGGACCAAUUGAAACGAGUGCUGCCGACAAAGACAUCAGCAGACAACGACGGUCGCUGUCUAUUGCUGAGAGGGAGAUGAUUAUUAGUCUUUUUUUCAAUGAAAAUCGCACCAUAAGAGAGGUCGCAGAUUUCAUGCACUUAGCGAAGUCUACAGUCUCAUCAGUUGUUCAGGUCUUCAAGAAGGAGCACAGAAUCCAACGUAAGACUUCCACAGGACGUAAGAAAAAGCUGUCCGACGAGCAUGAGCACAUGAUCAUGGAUAUCCUCUCCCAAAAGGAGGAUAUCACAAUAGAAGAAACAAGAAAUAGGUUCCUGUCUUUGAAUCCCGAUGUUCCUAAUAUUAGUAAGAGUACAAUUUACAGAAUAAUGGAGAAUUGUCAGUCAAAGCUGAGAGCUAGAUCAGACAUGGAGGUUUUUGUAGGCAUUUUUGUUCAUUCUACUGAAGACAACCCAUUAAUCAUCAUGCCAGGGAUGGUUAUGGGUGUUCUCAACACAAAGAUUGAGUUUAUGGAGAGCUUAGAAGAACUUGAUCACCUCAAAGCAGAGUAUUGUUUUACAGACUCAAACAUUCACUACAUGACUCCAAGCCAGUUUAUGAUGCCUGGGAUGAUAGACACACACAUACAUGCUUCUCAAUUUCCUAACAAUGGAGUGGCUAUGGACUUGCCAUUGCUGGAGUGGUUACAAACGUAUACUUUCCCAACGGAAGCCAACUUUUCUGACACACUCUUUGCAAGAGAAGUCUAUAGUAAAGUUGUGGAACGUCUAUUGAGAAAUGGAACAACAACAGCGGCAUACUUUGGCACAAUCCACUUAGAAGGUUCAAAAAUUCUUGCUGAUGUAGUUCACGACAAAGGUCAGCGUGCACUCAUUGGAAAAGUAAAUAUGAUGAGGAACUGCCCAGAAUAUUAUCGGGAGAUGAGUGUUCAGGAAUCGAUAAGAGACACGGAAGAAUUUAUACGCUAUGUUAGAAGUAUCCAGUCCCCGCUGGUACAACCUAUUGUUACACCCCGGUUUGCCCCAACUUGCCCUGAGGAUCAAUUAGCAUCUCUGGGACAGCUGGCAGCUAAAUAUGGAUGUCAUAUUCAAAGUCACUUGUGUGAGACUCAGCCUGAGUGCAAUUGGGUCAAAGAGCUCUUCCCUUGGGCCAAAUCAUACACUGAUGUUUAUGACAGCAUGAGACUACUUAGUGAGAAGUCUGUCAUGGCACAUUGUAUAUGGCUGACUGAUGAUGAGAUAUAUACCUUGCGAGAACGAGGAGUUGGUAUUUCUCACUGCCCAAAUUCUAAUGUAUCCAUUCGCUCUGGCCUUUGUGAUAUUCGGAGACUUUUGAAUAGUGGAUUAAAAGUCGGUCUAGGAACAGAUUGCUCAGGUGGUUACUGUCCAUCAAUUUUAGAUUCCAUGCGACAGUCUCUGCAAGUUUCCAACAUCUUGGCUCUUGACCGAGAUCAAGACUAUCAGAGACUCACAUACAAAGAAGCAUUUAGAAUGGCAACUCUUGGGGGUGCUAAAGUACUGAAUAUGGAAGACCGCAUUGGAAACUUCAAAAUUUGA